GUGAAAUCGAGGCAGCAGCUCGGGAAGCUGGGAUGGAAGGACUCCUGACCGUGGCCGCCCCCCAGGGCUCCACGUUGGGAGAAACCUGGAAACACGAGGGCCAGUUCAGGGGCCCACAGGAAGGCUGUUUGAAGCAAGAGGCCGAGGUGCACGAGGAGGCCCAGGCCGGGGACAGCAUCCAGGAGCGUGACGAGCUGGGCGGAAUCCCAGGAACCAGAUCCAGUGCCCCCAUCACCCAGGUGGGCGGCAGGCCCCAGAGGCGCGGCGCGCCGAGAAAGAGCCCAAAGCCAAAGCAGGCAGGUGCCGGCGGGGAGGAGCGCGGUGGCGGCCGGAAGCCGUGGAAGUGCGAGGUCUGCGGCAAGGCCUUCAGCUACUGCUCAGCGCUCACCCUGCACCAGAGGACGCACACCGGGGAGAAGCCGUUCGCCUGUGCGGACUGCGGCAAGGCCUUCAGCCAGAGCGUCCACCUGACGCUGCACCGGCGCGUGCACACGGGCGAGCGGCCCUACGCGUGCCCCGAGUGCGGCAAGGCCUUCAGCCAGGGCUCCUACCUGGCGUCGCACUGGCGCGUGCACACGGGCGAGCGGCCGCACCGCUGCGCCGACUGCGGCAAGGCCUUCGCGCGCCCCACGCACCUGGCCCAGCACCGGCGCGUGCACACGGGCGAGCGGCCCUUCGCGUGCGGCCAGUGUGUCAAGGCCUUUCGCAACCGCGCGUCGCUGCUGGAGCACCAGCGCAUCCACACAGGCGAGAAGCCGUUCGCGUGCGCACAGUGCCAGAAGGCCUUCCGCUUCUCCUCGGCACUGCUGCGCCACCAGCGCACCCACACGGCCGAGCGGCCCUACGCGUGCGGCCAGUGCGCCAAGGCCUUCACGCAGAUCGCGCACCUCACGCAGCACCGGCGAGUGCACACGGGCGAGAAGCCCUACACGUGCCCCGAGUGCGGCGCGCCCUUCAGCCAGAGCGCCUCGCUGGCCGAGCACUUGCGCAUCCACACCGGCGAGAAGCCGUACGCGUGCGGGCAGUGCGGGAAGGCCUUCACGCAGGUCUCGCACCUGAGCCAGCACCAGCGCGUGCACACGGGCGAGCGGCCCUACGCGUGCCAGGACUGCGGCCGCGCCUUCAGCAACCGCUCGCACCUCGCGCAGCACCACCUCGUGCACACGGGCGCCAAGCCCUACAAGUGCCCGGAGUGCGGGGCCGCCUUCAGCCAUGUGUCCUCCCUCCUCGAGCACCAGAAGAUCCACACGGGCGAGAAGCCCUACCGCUGCGUGGACUGCGGCAAGGCCUUCAGCCAGGGCUCCUCGCUGACGCUGCACCGGCGCACACACACGGGGGAGCGGCCCUACGCGUGCCCCGAGUGCGGCAAGGCCUUCAGCAACCGCGCGUACCUGAUCCAGCACCACAUCGUGCACACCGGGGAGAAGCCCUACGAGUGCAGCGGCUGCAGCAAGGCCUUCAGCUUCUCUUCGGCCCUCAUCCGGCACCAGAGGACGCACGCCGACGGGGAGCCCUACGCACGUGAGCGGUGCGGGGUCGCCUUUGCCGGGCUGCCACAGCUGACUCGACACCUGAGCCCCCACCAGGAGGAGAAGCCGGUCGGCAGCAGUGACCCCACGGACACCGCCGUGGACCAGCAGCAGGAUAAAGGCUGACGUUUAUUGGCG